AUGGCCUUCUCUUACAACAAGGAUGAGUUUGUACAUAUAAUAUGGCUCUGCGUGGGAUAUGUGGGUAUCGAGAGAUGGCUGCUAUGCCGAGUCCGAGCUUCCCAUUGGAAAGCUUCUGAGACUAUCCAAGUUCAAGUAUGUUGCGAGUUACAAGGAACUAAUAGGCUCGGACCGAAGCUGAACCAAGGCGGGAGAGUCGGAUCCGAAGCCAUGGUAACUCGUCAACUGCAAGAACCACCGACGAUGCCGCUGACUACUCCGUACCAAGCCUCCAAGCGUCCAAUUUCCCGGGUCGGUGGGCGGACGAGGUUCAUCCGAGUCAUGAGCCAAGAGCGCAUGCCAAUGGGCCUUACCCAGCGACAGAAAGCUUAA